AGAGAAGAUUCGUCUUUUCAACCACGCCAAGGCUACUGCGGCGCGAAUGCAGGCAGGCGCGCAUUCUCCUCCCCAUAGUCGCUCAAACUCCGAAGCAAACGGGUCAAGUUCCCAAGCGAAACCAGUAUCAAACAGCCAAUCCAUUCCAACGAUAUCUCCUGGUGCAGCAUUGUAUCAACAGGCCAUAUCGUCAAUGAACAAUGCUCUGGAAUCAAACAAAGGAUCCCGGCAACCACCUGCAUCACCUUCAACCGGGCGUUCCAUCCCUUACUACCCCUCCGCUGAGCAAGAGAAGGCUGCUCUCAAGCGGUAUGAGCAGGCUAAACUUGCAGUUGACCGGAUUCAGACCGCUCAAUAUGCGUCAAACGAUGAUAUAUCGUCUUCUGCACCAAUCUCCUACGACGCUCUCUACCCACAAACUACUGGGCAGUCUCAAUCUUAUACUCCAGUGAACAACGCUAGAGGAGAUAUGCCACCGCCGUUUGAGUCAUCCAGUAGCCAACAACCUGCUUAUAUCAACGAAAAAGAACGACUGCGGCGAGCUUACGAAAUUCAGGAUGCGGCGGCUAGCAGUCAGCAGCAGCAGAUAUCGCCGAUGCCAUACACUCCUCCAGUACACCCAUAUUCGCCUCCCCCAUCAUUGGCUAACAACGCUCUUUCAGAGAAGGAGAGGCUGCGGAGAAGAUAUGAAGAGCAGGAUGCUGCUGCUAUGGGUCAGGUUUUACCGCCACAACCACCACCACCUAGAAUAGCGAAUGGAGCGCGAUCCUCUCCGCGGUCUCCCCCAAUGCCGCCUGGCGGGAGUGGGGGUGGUGGAUUUAGACCACUCACGGCUGCUGAA